UGAGCAAUCAGUCGCAUUUUGUUGCUGAAACGGUAAAGUUGUGUCGAGCGCGCGACGUAUGGCAGCGAUAAGCGUAACAAAGUCAGUCCAUGAACUGCGUAGAGGAAAUGUAGUGAAGCGUGCAAGCAAUGAGAAGCGCAAGCAUACGCACGUAUAUAUUAUUUUUGGUCAUAUUUUAGUGAAGAAGUGAUUUCAAAAAGUGAUUUGUGCGCAAGUGCAUUGCAAUUGUUGCAAAAAAAAACCGUUAUAACGAUUAACUUGAAAUUUCAAUUACGAAAAAGUGUGCAAAUAAAAGGCGCUCAGGAUGAGCAAGAAAAUGUGGAGCAAAAUAUUCAAAUCUUCGAAAACGACGAAAGCCGCCAAGCUGUCGACGGCGACGGCUGCGGCUGCGGCAAAGGCGAACAAGCGUUGUAGCAUUUACGAGGAGUACCAGCAGCUGAAUGGCGCAAAAGUCGAGGGCGCCAAAAAGCAAAAAAAGCUGGCCAAAGGCGUGGCACAACAAAGCAAGCAGCCACAGGAGCAAGAACAACAAAAACAACUAAACCAACAGCAACAACAACCAAAUGAGUUACAGCAACAGGAGCCAACGACAGCUGGCGGUGUUGCAAGCGCAACAGACGCAAGCACGCACAAAAAUGCAGAAACAACACCAACAAACAUGAACAAAAAUAGCGAAGUAACGCAAAUGCUUGGCACUAGUGAUGUUACGCUUGCGAGCAGCAGCACCAGCAACAACAGUAAGCCACCAGCAGGUGCCAAUGACCAGCUAAUUGCCUAUAAAAAUAACAACAACAGCAACAAUGGCGCUGCCAAGCAGCAGUCCACCUUUGCCAAAGUUGUUAGUAGCUUCUCGCUUAAGCGCAACAACAAUGCUGGCGCGCUAAAGCAACAACAACCACAACAGCAACCAGCAAAGGGAAGCGGAAGCGGCAAAGCUGCGGGCAAAUUGCCAAAGAGUGAGUUUAUACAGCAUGCCACGCCUACUAACCAACAGCAGACUAGCGGUCAUGCGUUGCAGCAACAGUUGAAACAAGAAAAAGGCGGCGAUUUGGUUGAAGUUGGCGUUACAACAGCAGCAGUUAAUGGACAGUUACAACAGCAACAAGAAAAACAACAACAAGAAGCGAAGCGCUCAUCGCAAAUUCUAAUUGUUAUCAAGCAAAUUGUGACAUCUACACCGCAGAUGGUGUGGACAGCGACAGCCGCGCCAACAGCAACAAUGCAAUUGGCUGCUGUUGCUGCUACUGACACUGCAACGGCAAGUGUUGUCCUCGCCAAAGACCGUGCAACAGACUGCGCCGUCAAUCAAAUGUAUUCAAGUGCAACGCAUGACAAUGUCGCUAUUUCGGCCGCUAGUGCUGCUGCAACAAAAACAACCACAACUACUACUACUACUYCAAGCAAGAAUUCAGCUCCUACUACCACUUUUAAAACUAACAAUAAAAAUAGUACUAGUACAGCUACUAACACGCGCAUCUCAGCUGCCGCAACGCAAGUUGAAAAAAAUAACAGCAACACAAUUGCGAGCACGGCGGAUCCAUAUCCGGAUGCACCAACCCAAUUGGUGCCCUGCCCCAUCUGUCAGCGCACAUUCAAUCCCGUUACGCUGCAGAAGCAUGUGGGUAUAUGUGAAAAAAUGGCAACAAAGAAACGUAACGUUUUCGAUUCCUCGCGCCAACGACGUGAAGGCACCGAAUUGGCCAGCUAUCCGCUGCCGAAGAACUUCGGCUUGCCGGCAGCCAAGCAGGAAGCGCGCGGACAGUCGCCCAAGCCAUUGCAGCACAUCGGAUCACCUAUCUUAACGCGCAAAAAGUCGAGCGGCGGCGAGGAGUUGGCGCGCAGCACCGCACGCGCCUCGAUGCGCAAAUUGGCAGUCAAUGCACAAAGCCAGUCGCCGAACACCGCAGCCACCGCCAACAGUGUUGCCGUGACUGCCAGCCAAGUAGUCAACAACAGCCAGAUGACCACAUCGACGGCCUCACUGCCCGGCGCCGGCAGCUUUACACGCGAUCGUAUGCGUUCUUCGGAUCGUUCACUCGCCAAACGCAUACAGCCACCGCCGGCUGAGCAAUGUCCGCACUGUGAGCGUUGCUUCGGGCCGAAGGCGUACGAUCGGCAUGUUGAGUGGUGCAAAGAGAAGGCGCUGCAGGCCUCCAUUAAACACACGGCGAAAACGGAACAGAACUUGGCCAAAGAGCGACUGGAGGCGCGCACCAAAUACCGUGCACCCUGUCUCAAAACUAAGCGUUCGUUAAAUCGUGAUAAAUACGCGGGAUUGGCUGGUGAUGAGAACGAAUUUGGCGAAACGGUAAAAACGGCAAACGGUAGUCACAACAGUAACAGCAACAAUAAUAGCAGCAAUAAUAAUAAUAGCAGUCUUACAAACGGUGUUGGGCGCCACGGCAACAGCAACAAUAUAAAUAGUAGCGGAAACGGGAACGGUAACGGUGUGAUGUCACUAUCAAUGACAUCGUCUCUGACAAGUGAGAGCGGUUUGCCAAGCGAUAGAUAUGAUCCAUUCCUCUCGGCCAAACGUCAAUUGGAAGAGCUUUGCUCAUCCUCACCUCCAAAUAAUCCCUCCUUUUCCUCUAACCUUCCGAAAACUACGCCACAAACUCCUGUGUCACCAGCUGGUUUACCAGCAAAAAUGUCUACUUCACUCACACUAAGCACUUCUACGCCUAACUCUAGUCCCUUGACGAACAACUCACAAAACCAACGCCAGACAGCAACGCCUUCGGUAAACGCCACCAAGCCAACUUCUAAUUUUCGACGCACAUCUUCAUUGCGUGGUCCGCGUCGUUCGCCAAUGCUUUCGUCACGUCCCUUGUUCGCGCAAAACCAUCGCCCCACCAUACAACGCGGCCUCUCCGACGAAGGUCCUAUCUCAACAAACUUUCUGAAACCCGAAGAAUAUGAUGAGAUGCCUGUACGUUCUGUUUGUGUCAACGAUUAUGCGUUAACAAAGAGUCCACGUGUCGCACGUCGUGAUAACAGUCUUUCUAAUCGUAAACAGGGUCUAAAACUCAAUGUACAGGGUGCUGCUGCUACAAUGACGUCUGCAACGAACACACCGAAUUGUGCGACAAUGCUGGGUGUUAACAGCACCGAUGAACUGAUGAACUCUGCUGCCAAAUAUUUAUCGAAAACCGACUCUUUAGCGGCAUUCUUAAAAUACGAGAAAGAAUUGGAUAAACUCAACGCGCAGGCCACAGUGGAUAAGCCGACCGAACAAAAUACAACUGAGUCAUCUGCGACAAAUCUACACAAUAACAUCAGUUCUAAGGAGUUCAAAGAUAAAAGUAACACUUUGAGCAAGCAAAAUUCAGCCAAGAGUAUCAAGGCUGAAGUAAUUGAAUCUCCAAUAUCAAACACAAACCCAGUGGUAGAAGCACAUUCGUUCCAACACCUACCGACACCGGUCGAAAAGACACCAAAUGCAGCAAACACAUCACCGUACGAGAGAGCAAAUACCAAUAUACAAAAGACGCAAUCCAUACGUUUGGAGUCUAUAGCCUUACCACAGGCUACUUCGACGCCAAUAACGAAGCCAGGCACAACACGGGCACCCACCACGCCCACACAAUUGCCCAUUGUUAAUCGACCAGUCAACUUAAACACGCUGCUUGGCGAGCCGAGACCAGCAACAACUUCUUUACUCUCCGCCUACAGCAAGGAGGGCAAGAGCACUUCUAGCAGUGAGUACAUCGAUCCCAAACUCAUCAAUAGAUACGAUAAUCUGCCCGUAAAUCUAAAUACGGUACACACAUUGAAAUCAGUUGGCGGUAAUAAUGUGGAACGUCGCUUAGACUUCUCUUCAUCCUCCUCAGAGUGUUCAGCAACACAAACUGGUCCGAUUUCGCAGCUUACAAAGUUAUUACCGCUUACUAAACCCACCGAGGUAUUACAUGCAACAGCGCCGGCGGUUACAACAACCAGUCCGGCGGUAGAUAUACCAAGCAGGCCUUCCACCACGGACGACACACAGCCAAACGCACAUCCGACGCUCAGUCAACGCAGCUCAACUGAGGGUAGAAACUUGUUGAAUCGUAAAAAACGGCUGGGACGUAAUCAUUUUCUUUACGAUGUCUCACCCGAGGCAGAUGACUCUUGCUCGGCUGACGACGAAGCAAAUCGUUCUUCUGUGGAGUAUUAUGAAUCCAAAUAUAAAUCGACAUAUCAACAGCAACAACAGGAACAGCAAGAGCAGCAACCACAGACAUGCUUCGUCAAUACACGGGGACAAACCACACAACUGAAGACGCCACCUAUAGUGCCGCCAUUACCGAUUUUCGACGAUUUUGACUUUGAGGAAUUUCUCUCGUCAUUCGAGAAUGACGAUGAGCAAUUUCCUCUGUUCAAGGACUGUAGGGAAUUUCUGUUGAAUCGCUCGUCGAAUAAGCAACGUUCGACGCAGACGCCGAGUUCAAUAAAUGCAAACAAUAACAGCAACCACAACAAUAACAAUAGCAAUAACAAUAGCAAAAAAAAUCAAUAUACAACACCAACUAAAGACUACAACAACACGACAAAUCAUUUUCAAUUUCCAAGUCUCGCCUCUAAUAAAUAUUCCCAUCCCACGUACCUAUUAACACCCUCCUCUCGCAGAUCCCGUGAUGAAUCACGCCCAAAAAGCAAAGAAUCUUCACCGCUAUCAGAUCGCUACGAGGAGCUAAAACGUGUCAACACACAAAGCCACACUUACGUCAAUGACGGUAUGACCACGAAGCGACAUGCUGACGUCGACCAUAAAAAGCGUGAGAUCUUCAUCAGCAUCGAGACGGAGCCAAAUGAACAUGGUCGAUCCCCCAUUUCACCCGACUCGCUACGCAGCAUGGUUGGCAAUCCACAAACAAUGGUCGAAGUUGAAGUCGACGGCUGUGACAAUAAAUUCAGCAAGAUUAGUGACGACGAGGAGCAGUUGCCACCAAGACAUGCCGCCGGCCAGAGUCAUGCAGGCGAUAUGCUGAUGCGUUGCACUCCAUUCAAUACUGGCAAUCACUUGCCGAAUGUACAGCUAAAUAAUGCCAAAAAUCUGAUACAACGAAUGCAAGAUGACUUUCGACAAAUGAGCGAAGAAGUGGGCGCCAAUAUACGCCAAGCCAUGACCGGUCUCAAUGCGGUCGGUAGUAAUACAACAAUGUUGUAUGGCAACGAGCAGGUCGGUAUGACUGGCGUUGGUGAACGCGGUGGCGUGGCUGGUGGUAAAUAUAUGUCGCACAAUCCAAAUACAACACCACCGCCAUCGACGGCAAGUGCGGGCGCAGUGACGCCCAUGUAUGCAGCCUCGGGCGAUGUCAGCGGUGAUGCGUGUGGCGAUUCGGACGACAUGAGCAGUUUGGAUGGUUAUCCGAUAUCCUCGAAGUCGUCACGACGUGGUGUCGGCUCUAAACUAAGCGCUGACUCUGCGUACGGGAGCCUCUCACGCCAGCGAUCAUCAGAGCUGUCGACCACACCGCAACGCAGCGCCACGCGGACUCGUCCCACCACCAGCAACCCGACCGGCAUGACCACUGCGACAUUGCCCGCGAUGCUGCCAGCAGAUGUGCAAACACAAAAACAAAUACAACAGCAGCAGCAAUAUCAAUAUCAGCAGCAGCAGCAACAAUUGCAAUUGCAACAACAGCAACAGAUGCCACAAAAAGCUACGCAAUUGUACAAAUAUGCACCUGUGGCUGCACGCCCGCGACGCAUAAGCGCCUCAUCCAGCAGCGACAAUUCGGAUGGCAGUGAUUGCAAUGUUAAAUAUAAGCAACAACAACAGAAACAACAGCAGCAGCAGCAACAACAAUUGUACAGCGGCGUUGGCAAUAAGAAUCACAACAACAACAACAACAACUAUAUCAGCACACACUAUACGCCACAGCACAGCAGCAUCGGCGCUAGCGGCAAUAACAACCACAAUAAUACAACCAACAACAACUUUGAGAGUCCACUAAGUUCGCCAACAACCAUGGAACGCGCACGCCUAGCCGCAAGCAAUGCAACCAACACCGGCCUCCCCCAGGACGAAGCGCAAACUGCGCCGGCAGCCGCCAACAAGGGUCACUACAGUUCGAGCAGUUCGCUGUCCAGCGCAAAUGCGGCUAUGAGCGCGAGUAUGAAAAUGUCGAAAUUCUGUCACGAAUGUGGCGCCAAAUUUCUAGUCGAACAGGCUAAGUUUUGUAUGGAUUGUGGGAUUAAGCGGAUCGUACUAUAGUCGCAUACAUCCAUACAUAUGUAAAAUGUAGUUGUAGUUGUUGCCAAUGAGUAUAUAUUAUAGACAUACAUAGCUAUUUCGCUUAGUCAUGCAACAUGAAAUCACACUCACACAUUAAUUAACACACACACAUAUAUAUAUACACUCACAGCGGUAAUCAUAUUUAUAUACACUGACGAGUAUUGUAACAAUAACAACAGCAAAAAUAAAAAAAAUUGUAAAUUAUAAUAAAUUGCAUAACAGUAAAUAAUGUUAGCAUCCAUAGCCAACAACAACAASAAGAAGCCCAGAAAAACGUGCCUCCGUCACAACAACAAUUUAACUACUAAAAAAAUAAUAAAAACA